AUGGGCGGCGAAUAUGCUCUUCGAGGCCCCGUGAAAGCGGCAUGGAACGCUCUUGGGGUACGUUACAAUCAUGACCUGAACUCGGGGAAUCCACUAGGACUGGCAGAGGUCGUAGAGAAUCGUUGCGAUGGACGGCGGCAAUUUUCGAGUUCUAUAUACACCUUAAAUGUGCACAAAUUGACGGAAACGCUCGCCAAACGGGUCAUCAUAGAGAAAGGGGAUGGGAGAAAAGUGGCAACCGCCGUGGAGCUCGUCAGGGAUGACAAGAAAAUCCUAACGGCCCGAAGGGAGGUCAUUCUUGCAGCUGGGGCGUAUCGUACACCCCAAUUGCUGAUGCUCUCUGGUAUUGGCCCUGCGGAGGAGCUGCAGCGCCAUGGAAUCGAGGUCUUGCUCGAUAUGCCAGACGUUGGACUCAAUUUCCAUGACCAUCCAUCGGUCACCCAAUGGUGGAAAUUGAGGAGCCCCGAGAAAAAUCUUUCUGUUGGCUCACCAGCCUUCGGAGGUCCCAUAUUAUCGAAAGGCAUCCCGCUGGAUUUUAUUGUGGUACCUCUUGAUGGACUCCGUGGAGCUUUGGCAAAAGACGAGACGGGUCCAGAUCCAAAUAAGCACCCGCUGAUAUCAGUUCAGCGUGCUCAUGUUGAGACAGCCAUAUUUAUGUGGCGCGCAACACCGAGAACCCCCAAAUCGAAACCGACGGUAGUCACAUCACGACCGCAGCUGUCUGCUUAA